GAAACCCGAAGCAGUUUCAACAGAACCGGCGCGUGCGCAACACGCGUUUGUUUUUCAAGCCUCCAAACCCGAUGCGAUCGCGAACGCGACGUUUUGUCUCUUAAUCUUUUUGUUCUAACAAUUUGUUUAAAUGGAAGUAUUGAGGACACACCUCAUUUCCCAUUGUUGCGAUUCUCUUUAACAUGCUGUGAAUAUUCUUUGUUAGCUUACAAUAGCAGUGUUAGUUCUACUUUCGUAAAAUUCAAAUUUAAACUGUCCCUGUGAAUAUAAACAUAUAUAACGUUCUAUAUUUCGUGUUAGUUGAAACGAAAAAGAAUUGGUCUCUAAAGAGAUACUACGGUGCUCAAUACGGUUGUGAUGAACAAUGUAUAAACAAGAGCUACUGAUAUUGAUGUGCGCCUGCAGUGCGUUGGCUGCCCUUGAUGGUUACAGCGCACAGCAAGACCCUGACCAGUUCCACAUUCAAACUGAUGAAGAUGAUGAACGUUACUUCUUGUACCAGACACACAACGGACAAUAUAGAAAAGAGCGGAGGCUCAAGGAUGGAUCCGUUGUAGGUACAACAGGUUGGGUGGGUGCUGAUGGAUAUUUGCGCUUACAAGACUACAUAGCAGAUGACCAAGGAUACCGAAUAUAUAAAUCUAAAACCGUUUACGUAGGUGACCGAUCUAUUGGGGAGUCAUUAAAAAUUGCUAAAACGGCACCUACAGAUUCGGGUUUCAAUAUAACACCAGCUCCAGCACCUCAUCCAAAUCGCGGCACGCCACGGUUUAGUACUACAACAAAAUCGCCAUUAUAUCCCUCAACGACUUUGAGGCCUCCCCAAUCUUACCCAAAAGAAGUCACAGCUACCCCCACACCGAUUCCAUCAUCAACACCUACGGUUGAAGUGUCUCCAAAUUCCAUCGAUACAUCCACUUCCUAUAAUUUUAGACCUACAGUGCCCCCUAUCACUUCAGAUGAAGCUGCCUCAACGCCUAAUCAAUUUGACUACGAUGUAACAAACACGAACGCGAUAGACGGAUACUAUUCAAGUGAUACUACUCCUUAUAAACACGUUGAUAUUUUCAAUCCCAACUCCUAUAGACAUUCUGAUGACUGGAUACGCAGGCAGAGACCUGGAGUCCGGCUGGGAGAUGGAUACACGCCACAAUUCCCAAGCUAUGAUGGAAUAGCAUUGAGAAGAAAUGGUUUCCGUUAUUAUCUUCCUAAACAAUACCAUGAAGAACAAACACAAAACUCGGAUGAAAGAAUCGGCAGUUUUGGUUAUGUCGAUCCUUUUGGUAUUCGACGCGUUAUUUAUUAUAAUGCUGCGCCAGGACAAGGAUUUCAAAUUCGCAAAAACAAUAGAUACGUUGGUCAUGACGCGACUCCUUAUGAUCCUAGACCAAUUGAUUGAUAAUUAUGAUGAAAGUGAUAUUUAGUUACCACCUACUAUCAGUAUUGUUUAAAAUAUAUCGGUAGAGACAAAACGAUUGAUCCUCGAACGACCUCUUAGCCAUAACGCUUAGGCAUUACUUAUUGACUAAAAUUUAUUUAUUAACAAUUACGUGAACACACGUCACAAUAUGGCACGAAUAAUUGAUGUGCCAUUACAACGUCUAAUUUAAUAAGUAUCUCAUUAUGUUAUAUUUAUAUGUAUAUUACAUAUCAAUUACAAAUAAAAAUAUUAGUAUGUAUAAAAAAAGAUAUUGGCAAAAAUAACACAAUUUUAUCUUCAUUGCUUUAAAAUUAAAAUAAAAACUAAAGCGGUGAAGAAGCAAUAAGAGGACUACAAAUGAAUGCAGCCAAAGAGUCCAAUUUUUAUAUAAAUUAAUAGUUAAUUUGCUUUUAAUAACAUGAAUCAAGGUGCUAUGUAUAACUUGUUUUAACCUAUGUAAUCGGUUGUCCUUAAUAGUUAUUGAGAAUAAUUUGUCAUUGUGUUUUUUUUAUGUAGAGGAUUAUGUCUUAUUUAUACAAUAUUGAAUGACGACUUGUUCCAAUAACUAUAUAAAUAAAAAUAUAACAUAUUUCCUAAUCAUGUUUUACUUUGUCGAUGGCUCUUUUUGUAAGUGAAGUUGUAAUUACAUUUAAUUAUUAUAAUUCUUAGAACUAAUAAUAGAAUAGUUUUGCACAAAUGCCCUGUUUUGCAUUCACUAAUUACAUAUAUGCUUAUGAAUUAAUGAUUUCAUAAUACUUCACACUGAUCAUAAUCUUAUACAACUUACCUAAUGAUCCAACGUAGUUAAAGGAAACAAGUAUGUUUUAAUUUAAAAUCAUUAUAUGUCACAAGUUAGCCCUAAUUAGGUAAAUGACGACAUGUUGCAAUAAAAGUAUUUAAGUAAU